AACUAAUGAUAAUAAAAAAGAAAAAGAAAAAGUAAAGAGAGGUUCUUAGCUUUGGUUUGGCAACCCAAACUCAACUAGGCGGAACUUUCGAUCUCACACACUCUCUUACACUCUUCGUCUUUCCUCGUUUCUAUCGACAAGACAGCAAUCCAAACUAAAGUCCCAACAAAUAUCUUCCUUCCUUCACUUCUGUCUUAAAUACUCUCUCUCUUUCUCUCUUUCUCCCAGUGCUUUCUUUGUUUCUGAAACACCCCAUCAUUUCUUGUUCAAGGCCUUUUGGGUUUAAAAUGGAGGCAACGUUGCCUGUUUGCAAAUCUGUUACCUCUACUCCUGGUUUAUUCAUGAAGAGAAAUAGUGGAAUCAGGAAUUCUCAAUGCAGCUUUAUGGUGGGAACUAAGGUUAAUUUUCCUAGACAAAGAACUCAGGCUACCCAAGCUAAUCACUGUGCUAAGAAGAAUGGAGGAGCUCUUGGGGUUGCAUGUCGCACAGAAAAAAUUCUGGUAGCAAACAGAGGAGAGAUUGCUGUUCGUGUUAUUCGAACUGCACAUGAGAUGGGGAUACCAUGUGUAGCUGUUUACUCUACCAUAGAUAAGGAUGCACUUCAUGUGAAAUUGGCUGAUGAGUCUGUUUGCAUAGGUGAAGCACCCAGCAACCAAUCGUACUUAGUGAUCCAAAAUGUUUUAUCUGCUGCUAUCAGUCGUGGAUGCACGAUGCUGCAUCCUGGAUACGGUUUCCUUGCUGAAAAUGCUGUUUUUGUGGAAAUGUGCAGAGAACAUGGAAUAAACUUUAUUGGGCCUAAUCCUGACAGCAUACGAGUCAUGGGUGACAAAUCAACUGCUAGAGAAACAAUGAAGAAGGCAAAUGUUCCAACUGUACCAGGAAGUGAUGGCUUGUUACAGAGUACUGAAGAAGCAAUAAAGCUUGCCAGUGAGAUUGGUUAUCCUGUGAUGAUCAAGGCAACAGCAGGUGGUGGAGGACGUGGAAUGCGGCUUGCCAAAGAACCUGAUGAGUUUGUAAAGCUGCUACAGCAAGCUAAAAGUGAGGCUGCUGCAGCAUUUGGAAAUGAUGGAGUUUAUUUGGAGAAGUAUGUUCAAAAUCCAAGACACAUUGAGUUCCAGGUGAUUUUUGUUUAUUUAGAGAGUAUUUGUAAUAAGGUUCCUAAGAAUUAUUUUGGAAGAUCAUUAAAGUAGAGUCUGAAAGUGGAA